UGUGGGGGGGAAAUCCGGGCCCGGAAUGGGGCUGGUGCGUCUGUUCCGCCGGGCAGCCCGGCCGCUAUGCCGCUUUCAAGCCCCUUUUCCCGGCCCGGGAAGGGCGGCGGUGCUUUGCCCUUCGGCGGCUCUCCGGACUCUCUCGGGCCCUACUUCGAGCUGGGAACCGGCGCGUCCUCCGGGGUCGAGAACCAGCCUAGGCGGGACGUUUUCCUCCUCGGCGGCUUUGGUGCAAACGGCACCGCUCUGGCUCCAGCCUUACCUCCGUCUCAUGCGGCUGGAUAAACCCAUCGGGACUUGGCUGCUGUAUCUUCCUUGUACCUGGAGUAUAUCCUUGGCAGCUGAACCAGGUUGUUGGCCAUCCUGGGACCUCCUGUUACUUUUUGGUGCUGGCUCAGUUCUGAUGCGUGGAGCUGGCUGCAUUAUAAAUGACAUGUGGGACGUGGACUAUGACAAAAAGGUGGUGAGAACUGCAAAUCGGCCACUGGCAGCUGGAGAGCUCACACAUUUUCAAGCCCUUGUAUUUCUCGGUACACAGCUUAGCUUGGCUUUGGGUGUCCUGCUGUGUUUAAAUUAUUACAGCAUUAUUUUAGGCGCGUCUUCUUUAUUUCUCGUGGUGACUUAUCCUCUAAUGAAGAGAAUAACUUACUGGCCACAGUUGUAUUUAGGUUUGGUCUUCAAUUGGGGAGCCUUACUUGGUUGGGCUGCAGUCCACGGUUCUUGCAAUUGGUCUGUUUGCUUACCCCUGUAUUUUUCCAGCGUCUGUUGGACUUUGCUUUAUGAUACUAUUUAUGCUCAUCAGGAUAAAAGAGACGAUCUUGCUAUCGGUGUGAAAUCUACAGCGCUGCUCUUUGGGGAAAAGACAAAAUACUGGCUGGCAGGCUUCAGUUGCACAAUGCUUGGUGGACUAACGCUGGCAGGAAUCAAUUGCGGUCAAACCUUCCCCUACUAUGCAGCGCUGGCAACCGCGGCCGUCUGUUGGGGAAACCAGAUAUUCCAUUUGGACAUUAACAAUCCUAAAGACUGCUGGGACAAGUUUUCUUCAAACCGCAAUCUAGGGAUUUUGCUUCUCGCAGGAAUUAUACUUGGAAACUUAAGGAAAGAGAAAGAAGAAGGAAGGGAUGCUUUAAGCAGCAGCUAGAGCAGAAGAAAAGAAUGCUGUUUUACAAAUAAAAACAAACGAAUCCUUUUUUUAAAAAUCUGCUCCUUUAUAUUUAACAGAUAUGGUGCUUUAUAUUAAAAUUCUAGAAUGGUGGUUAUUAGCUGCAGAUUUGGUUGUUUUUGUGUUUGAACAUAUCUUGGCAACCAUUCUGAAUAAAUUGAGAUUUCACAGUAAAAUGUUGAGAUUAAUUCUGCAGAGCUACAUCUGAAGUUUUCCAUUGUAAAAUUAUAAGAUUGUGAGUGAAUUAAACAGGUAAAACGAUGUAAAAAAAAAAUCAAUCUUCCGACACUAAAAUAGUACUACUGUGUAGUCGAAACUGCUUAUAGAAGUGUAAACAAUAAAAUGACUGGUUUUAUAGUAUUGUCA